AUGCUUUACUUUCUUACUAAACACACAGCAAUGUCUACCCAAUACUUCAUCACUAUCUUCUUCUUCUUUCUUAUCUCUUGCCACACCAUCACUUCAACAUCAUCAUUAGAAAAUGAAGAAGCCAAAAAGGUGUUAGGCCUAAACAAGAAAGAAAAGCUAAGCCAUUUGAAGUUCUACUGGCAUAGCAUAGCGAGUGGAAAGAAUUCAACUUCUAUUGAAGUAGUUCCAACACCAAAGAAGCUAAACUCAAGCACUUCUUUUGGUUCAUUUAAUAUGAUUGACAACCCUUUGACUUUAGGACCAGAAUUGAGAUCCAAGGUUGUAGGAAAAUCUCAAGGGUUCUAUGUUUAUGCAUCACAGGAGGAGUUUUCUUUGUUUAUGGGUAUGAAUUUUGCUUUAAUUGAAGGAAAGUAUAAUGGAAGUACUUUUACUAUUUUGGGGAGUAAUCCUAUUUCUCAUAAGGUUAGAGAGAUGCCUGUUAUUGGUGGCACUGGACUUUUCAAACUUGCUAGAGGAUAUGCUCAAGUUACCACUCACUACCUUAAUCUCAAAACUGCAUAUGCUAUUGAUGAGUACAAUGUUUAUGUUUUUCACUAUUAA